ACCCACCAAACAAAACCAUAUCUUCCUUCUCUUGGUAGCCUCUUCGGUCUCCCUCUAACAGCCGCAAGUCAUGUCUGUGCAACUGUGGGAGACCUUGAAGGAGGCCAUAGUGCUCUACACUGGCCUAACUCCUUCCACCUUCUUCACGGUGCUCGCCCUAAUUCUGGCCGCUUACUACGUCGUUUUGGGUUUCUUUGGGGGGCAGCCGGAGCGGCCCCGCCCCCGCCACACCGAGGAGGAGGAGAUGCCGCCUCUGCGGCCGCCAGUCCAGCUCGGUGAGAUCACCGCUGAGGAGCUCAAAGCCUACGACGGCACCGAUACGGGUAAACCCUUGCUCAUGGCCAUCAAGGGACAGAUCUACGAUGUCUCCCAGAGCAGGAUGUUUUAUGGACCUGGUGGACCUUAUGCUCUAUUUGCUGGAAAGGAUGCCAGCAGGGCUUUAGCUAAGAUGUCUUUUGAAGAGAAAGAUUUGACUGGGGAUAUUUCUGGCCUUGGCCCAUUUGAGCUUGAUGCUUUACAAGAUUGGGAAUAUAAGUUCAUGAGCAAGUAUGUAAAGGUUGGAACUGUGAAAAGUGAACUUCCUGUGACUGAAUCAGAGUCCACCGCAGAACCAUCAGAAACUACUUCCCGUGAUAUUGAUACUGCUUCUGCUGUCAAGCCCAAUGAAGAUGGCAAAUCAGAAAUUGGUGCUGUUAAAAGUGAAGAAACCCCUUCAAACAUUGAUGCAGAAAAAGAGAACAUUAAUCCAGGAAAAGAAGAGUGAUCUCCGAGUUGUCCCACAAUGCCCAUGACGAAAUGGAGAAAAAGAAAAAUCUGCAUUGUAAAGACUGAGGAAAUGUAACGCAAGCUUUUUCGAAGAUAAAUGUAGGUCAUCUCCUCUGAUUCUCCCUUUAUUUGAAUAUUCGGUGUUAUAAUAAUCAACUGUGGGUAAUUUUUUCAAAUUUCAUAGUAUGUACGUGUUAUAUUAGACUGGUAAGCUUUAUUGAAUAAAUAUUUUUCUGUGAAAAAAAAAACGAAGCAUAAUUAGUCUUUCA